AUGGGUAAGUAUAGCAAAUCAAGAUAUAAAAAUUAUACCAGCACAGUUGUUUGCUCUUAUUAUUUGUUUGUAGAUGAGGCAAAAAAUGAAACCGUCGACCUUUCGAGGCGUGGGUUGAAGAAAAUAGAGAAAGCGCCCGCAGAGGAAUCCAAGACGAUUAUUAAUUUAAUACUCGACCAAAAUGAGUUGCAAAGACUAGAUAAUAUUGACACAUAUAAUCGUGUCGAAAACUUAUCAAUUUGCAACAAUUUCUUAUUACGCAUGCAUGGCGUAUCCCGGUUGACGAACAUUCGAAUCCUAGCUUUGAAUAACAACGGCAUACUGCAAAUAGAGGGCCUCAAAGAUCUGAUUUAUUUAAAAGUACUGAAACUUGCAGGAAACAAUAUAAAAUCAAUAGAACAUUUGAAUCACAAUAUGCACUUGGAACACUUGGAUUUGUCCAACAAUCAAAUUUCUUUUAUAGCUGAUAUAUCUUACUUGAAGAGUUUGAAGCACUUAAAUCUAGAAAGGAACAGAAUAUCAGAUCUGCGGCAAUGUGAUCGCUACCUUCCUUCGCACUUAGAGCACCUGGGACUCGCUCACAAUAGCAUCCAGGAUUUGAAUGAGAUCAGUCACUUGGUACAUUUGAACAAACUGGAGAGCUUCUCAAUACAAGGCAAUCCAUGCGUCGCCAUGGCUGGCAAAGACAAAUUAGGAUUUGAUUACAGACCAUUUGUUCUCAACUGGAUAAUGAGUGUUAAGUCUAUAGAUGGCUUUGUCGUCAGCGCUAUAGAAAGUCUAAAAGCGGAGUGGUUGUACAGUCAAGGUAAGGGGCGACACUACCACGCGGGGCAACACCAAGAGUUGUGUGAAUAUCUCGCGUCUACCUGCCCUCUCACAGCCGACGCCUUGGAAACAGAAGACCAGAGGAAACUACGCCUUAUAUUAAGCAAAGCGCAGCAUCAUCAGCAGCAGUUGAAAGACACACAAACACACAGUCCGUUGAAGCCAAAGUUGCAGUCACCGAGAAUGCAAUCUCGGAUAUCCACGCCGCGGCACAUGGGUCGAUCGCCCGACCGGCUGACUUCAAGUUACCAUGCAGCUUUGACCAAGUCCUCGUCUCCUUCACAUCAGAUGUCUUCCUCACUCUGUGGAGACUUGUCUGGCAUUCCUACCGCCAUGAGCCAGAGCUUUGACUCCCCCUCUAUGAUGUACUCAGCGGAAAAAAGAGACAGCACUAAGGAAAAGGAAAAAGAAAAAGUUCAAGAAAUACCGCAACCAAAGCCAGUGAAUCAUUCAUUAGAAGCUGCAUCGAAAAUGGUGCCUGUACCUGAAUCUCUGAUGAGUCCCGACUACCAGGACCCGAUUUACGAUAUCCAAAGAUCUAUACCAAAGACCAACAACUCCGUGCAUAGUGUUUCCAACACUUCGUCACAGUCGAGCAACAGUAGUAUCCACGAAGACAAACCAAGGCACGCUAAAAACAUGAAAGGGUCCCCGAAAUUACCAAAGAGUGCUACUUCAUCACCAAAGCUUAAAACUAGGAUGGAGCAAAGAAAAGGCAGUUUAUCAAAAGUAGAAGUGAAGAAUGAGGAAAAGAAGCUUAAUGGGAUCACAAAUGAUUCAGAGCAACUCGGCGCGGAUAUGAUGAAGUUACCCUCGAACCAACGACGGCAGAAGAAGAUGAGUGUGGAGUCAAUGGCCGCCGUCACCAUACAGAAAAUGUGGAGGGGCUACAGAAGUAGAAACUUGAAUAAGGACACGCUUAGGAUACUGCACGCCAUACAAGCGGCGCGGGCUCGACAACAUAUACAGAGGUUGACAUGCGACAUGGAGGCUACGAAAGCCGCGUUGGAGUCUGAACGAAAAAUUCAACAGCUUCAGAUGCAAGCAAUUAACGCGUUGUGGAAGAAAGUCUCUACUCUACAGGCAACUGACAACCAGAAGCAGCGAUUAUCGGAGUCCGAUGAUAACACAGAUGCAUUGCGACAGUUAUCAGAGACAUGUUUCAGCCUCCAAGCACAGGUGGCAGAACUUCAGGGCUGUAUGCAGGAGGUUUUGAAGGCAGUUUCGAGCAAAAACCAUGCAGAACCGGUUGGCACCCAAACAGAUAUCACGGCAGUCGUCACUCCGCAGGAAGAACGGUGCACGUGGUUACGUCGACCGCAGUCUCUGUCACUGAGCGGCGCCCGCGACCCGCCCGCCGCAGUACCUGUAACGCACAGGGAACACUCAGAAAAGUCGAACGAAACGGCCGCUCUGGGUAUAGAGCGAACCGAGUCCGUUAUAGAAGAACAGGCAGCAGGAACAAACGAAGUGGACGUUGAUACGAGGGCGUGUGACGUCAUCGCCGACUGA